UAAGUAUGAGUUUGCAAAGAAUUAUUGUAAAGUGCAAGUCUGCAACGAGCAACGUAGGUCUAAGGAUUAUUCCAAAGGGUGCCGGCUUAGGGAGCUGCACAUCCUCUUGUCGGAAGCUGUCAUGGUACGCCGGCUGAAGGAGGACGUUUUGAUGCAAUUGCCGCCAAAGAGGCGUCAAGUUAUCAGGUUGAGCAUUGACAAGGCCGAUUGUAGGCAUGCAGUGGCCCGAGCAGCAGAGCUCUCAGAGCUAGUUGCCGAGAGGAAGUCACGUGGCAGGAAGUCAAAAUCAAAAGAUGUUGCUGUUCUGGAGGGUGCUUGUUGGUGUGGUUUUAGUCUGAAGGGGCAGUGCGAUUGUGAGCCACUGGAAGACGACGGUGACAAGCAAGAGAAGGACUCUGGACAUGCAGGCAGUGGCAAAGCAACAGAACCGCAAAACAUAGUGAGGAGUGCGAACAAUGACAAAGACGGGAAUAAUGAAGAUUUGCUGAGGAAGGGAUGUGCCAGUCUGAAUUAUCAGGAGAUCGGCAUCGCAAAGCUUCGUGGUGUCAAAGACUGGAUGAUGAGCAACAUCAUUCCUUCCAUUGACAAGCCAUCGCACACAAGAGACGGCGCAUCAGAGGAAGAAGAAGUCGAUGGUGAAAUCUCUGGUGAACCCCAUCUCUCACCGAAGAUGGUCAUUUUCGCCCACCAUCUCGAAGUCCUCGACGAAAUCCAGAAAUUCAUACAAGGCAGCGGACUAGAUUACGUGCGAAUCGACGGAAGCACAAACAGCAUAGACCGGCUCAAAGCCCUGCACAUGUUCCGGGAUCAGGUCCAGGUUAGGGUGGCAAUUGUUGGAGUGACAGCUGGUGGUGUUGGGUUGGAUUUCAGCUCCGCACAAGUGGUGGUGUUUGCAGAGCUGCCAAAGACAGCUUCUGACAUGCUUCAGAUUGUCACCAGAACAGUCCCUUUUCCUCCCAUAAAUUGAAACAGCCUGACCAUACAGUCUUUUUUUUUUGUUUUGACCUUAUAACCUUCAAUCAAGUCGUAUUCGAUAU